CGAACCUGCAGGCUUAUUUCGGGCCCAUUUUUCUUCACCGUCUUCAUUCUUCGUUGUUUCGUCUGAUCACAGUCAAGCUCUGCCGGUUCGUUCAUGAAGAUAAGUACAAGUUUUCCCCCUUCAGCCUCAAUGUCAAAGCUCCUUCGCGGAGGAUGUCUUUACAUUCGUGUCUACAAAUGAGUUUCGAAGACAGCAUGUUGAGUGUCAUCCCCAAAUUGACGCCCAGACUGCAUACGUUUUUCGCUCUCUUUGAUACUCACUUUGCUUUUGUUCUGUCAG